GUGGAGCACAGUGAGAUGUGAGGAACCGAUCCAGCUCGUCUCUAUCGGAACAAAUUAACUACUUUCUCCAGGUCUUGAAGAACUUCUCAGCUCAUUAUAAUCGAAGACAGCUCGUGAAUGUAUUUCUUCCGGAUUUGCCCAGACUAAUAUGGAUGCCCCAUCGUUAGCAGAGUCGGAAGGUUGUUUCUUGGCGCAGUGAGCUGGACACGCAGCGCUUGCUAAUGGAUCUGGGGAAACGAAUAAUGCCGUCUCCCUGACUGACCAUGCCAUGAUCUUGCGCGUGGGCCGUCACCCUGCUUAAAGUGAAAAGAAGAAAUUCGGGGGAAUUUACUGAGCUAGGGAAUCAAUACCGUGGCAUCACUAAGACACCAUGAAGAUUACCUCUCUGUUCAUAACUAAAGCGAGAUUCAGGUGCACUGUUGGACUUCUACUGCUGCUAUUACUAUGUGUGGGAUAUUCUCGCGGGAUGCCACAUGUUCUAAGAUUCGGAGGAAUAUUUGAGUCCAUUGAAUCUGGGCCAUCAGGUGCUGAAGAACUAGCCUUUAAAUUUGCUUUAAAUACAAUCAACAGGAACAGAACCCUACUGCCAAACACAACGCUGACAUAUGACAUCCAAAGGAUAAACAUCUAUGACAGCUUUGAAGCCUCCAGAAAAGCCUGCGACCAACUCUCUCUGGGGGUAGCAGCCAUAUUUGGCCCCUCUCACAGCUCUUCGGCCAAUGCUGUCCAGUCGAUCUGUAAUGCACUUGGCGUGCCUCACAUCCAGACAAAGUGGAAGCACCAAGUGUCUGACAACAGGGACUCUUUCUACGUCAGCCUCUACCCGGACUUUUCCUCCCUCAGCCGGGCUAUCCUGGACCUAGUACACUUCUUCAAAUGGAAGACGGUCACCGUGGUCUAUGACGACAGCACAGGUCUUAUCCGGUUACAGGAGCUCAUAAAAGCUCCGUCUCGCUAUAACAUCAGGUUAAAGAUCCGCCAGUUGCCAGCGGAGACCAAGGAUGCCAAGCCGCUCCUCAAGGAGAUGAAAAGAGGGAAGGAAUUCCACGUCAUCUUCGACUGUGGACAUGAAAUGGCUGCUGGAAUCUUAAAACAGGCUCUUGCUAUGGGGAUGAUGACGGAGUAUUAUCACUACAUCUUCACCUCACUGGACCUGUUUGCGCUAGAUGUGGAACCCUACCGUUACAGUGGGGUGAACAUGACUGGCUUUAGGAUACUGAAUACUGAAAAUAGCCAAGUGGCCUCAAUCAUAGAGAAAUGGUCCAUGGAACGCCUGCAGGCCCCACCUAAACCUGACUCUGGUUUACUGGACGGCUUCAUGACGACGGACGCCGCGCUAAUGUACGAUGCAGUGCAUGUGGUGGCCGUGGCAGUGCAGCAGUCUCAGCAGAUCACUGUCAGCUCCCUACAGUGCAACAGACAUAAACCCUGGCGUUUUGGGAACAGAUUCAUGGCCCUCAUCAAAGAGGCCCAUUGGGAUGGCCUGACUGGGCGGAUCGCUUUUAACAGAACCAAUGGCUUAAGGACAGACUUUGACUUGGAUGUGAUUAGUCUGAAGGAGGAUGGACUGGAGAAGAUUGGGACAUGGGACCCUCCAAGUGGAUUGAACAUGACAGACCACCAGAAGGGGAAGACAUCGAAUGUCACAGACUCCUUAUCAAACAGAUCUUUAGUUGUAUCCACCAUACUGGUGGAACCCUAUGUGAUGUUCAAGAAGUCGGAUAAGCCACUAUACGGUAACGACCGCUUUGAAGGCUACUGCAUUGACCUGCUGAGAGAGCUGGCCAGCAUUCUGGGGUUCACUUACGAAUUGCGUCUGGUGGAGGAUGGCCGCUACGGUGCCCAGGAUGAGACAACAGGCCAGUGGAAUGGCAUGGUCAAGGAGUUGAUGGAUCAUAAAGCUGAUUUGGCAGUGGCUCCCCUGGCCAUCACCUACGUGAGGGAGAAGGUCAUCGACUUUUCCAAGCCUUUCAUGACGCUGGGGAUAAGUAUACUCUACCGCAAGCCCAAUGGAACCAACCCUGGCGUCUUCUCCUUUCUCAACCCCCUCUCGCCCGAUAUCUGGAUGUAUAUUCUGCUGGCUUACUUGGGUGUCAGUUGUGUGCUGUUUGUCAUAGCCAGGUUUAGUCCCUACGAAUGGUAUAACCCACACCCGUGCAACCCUGACUCGGAUGUAGUGGAAAACAAUUUCACCCUGCUAAAUAGUUUCUGGUUCGGAGUUGGAGCUCUCAUGCAGCAAGGCUCUGAGCUCAUGCCUAAAGCCCUAUCCACCAGGAUUGUAGGAGGAAUCUGGUGGUUCUUCACCCUCAUCAUCAUCUCCUCCUACACAGCCAACCUGGCUGCCUUUCUCACAGUGGAGAGGAUGGAGUCACCCAUUGAUUCAGCUGAUGACCUGGCAAAGCAGACCAAGAUAGAGUACGGAGUCGUGGAGGAUGGAUCCACAAUGACCUUCUUCAAGAAAACCAAGAUCUCCACCUAUGAUAAGAUGUGGGAGUUUAUGAGCAGUCGGAGGCACUCUGUGAUGGUGAAGGACAUUGACGAGGGGAUCCACAGAGUCCUCACCUCGGACUACGCCUUCCUCAUGGAGUCCACCACCAUCGAGUUUGUCACCCAGCGCAACUGCAACCUCACCCAGAUUGGUGGCCUCAUUGACUCCAAAGCCUACGGCGUUGGCACACCCAUGGGCUCUCCAUACAGAGACAAGAUCACCAUAGCAAUUCUGCAACUACAGGAAGAAGGGAAACUGCACAUGAUGAAGGAGAAGUGGUGGAGGGGAAAUGGUUGUCCAGAGGAUGAGAAGAAUAAAGAGGCCAGCGCUCUGGGGGUCCAAAACAUUGGGGGCAUAUUUAUCGUCCUGGCAGCUGGACUUGUCCUCUCUGUUUUUGUUGCAGUUGGAGAGUUCAUCUAUAAGUCCAAACAAAACGCACAACAGGAAAAGAGGUCCUUCUGCAGUGCCAUGGUGGACGAGUUGCGGGUGUCCCUGAAGUGCCAGCGGCGCCUAAAACACAAGCCCCAGCCACCUGUCAUGGUCAAGACAGAGGAGGUCAUCAACAUGCACACCUUCAAUGACCGCAGACUCCCAGGGAAAGAGACAAUGGCCUAAAGUCCCUCACUCUAUCCCUAUAUACUGUAACUUGGAGGUGUGUAGGGUGCAGCGAUAUUGAGGUAGGGACAAAGGCUGAUGGCUGAUUUAUGUACGUGGAUUUGUGAAUGUGGACGGUAGGGAUAUGUUAGAAGCAGAAAGGAAAAGAGAAGAAUGAAAACAUUUGGAGAAGAGAGGAGCAGAGCUGCUCUGACCAAUGACUGGAUUAACUAUCUGCCAUUGUUGUUCCUAGACACUUAGCCUAAGAUUAAAAGAGAUUUAACAAUGUUUCCUGUGGAAAUAACUUGAACCAACUUGGGAGCAAUUUAAUGUGAGUUACCUCAUUUCUCUACCUGGGAAUGCAUGUUGGCAAGAAGUGGUGUCAGGAUUUAGUAUUGAAAAAGAAAGCGAUAUUUCCAGGACUCUGAACACAGGAGGAAGGGAAUAGUUUAAUAAAAGAGUUACAGAGUUUCAGACCUGUAUUCUCUAACUGCUACCCAAUGACUUCAUCUUCCUUAGUGACAAUAUCACAAUGGCUUAAAAAAGGUAGCACAAGAAAUUGUACAUUACUCAACCAUGGAUGUUAGGCAAACACAUACACCGUUUUCCAAACAUAGAGGAAGAGGGAAAUCAGGUGGGCUGAAAAACCACAAGUUCCUAAUUAAACCCAAAGCCACAAACCCAAAUCUGCUGCCAACAUGUGUAAAGGCAUUGCUUAGUCAUAUGAUUCAAUGUUGAUGAGAGUUCAUUCUGAGAGUUCAUCAUGCAUCAGGCAAUAAGUGAUUUAAUUUAUUUAUGUUUAUAAGUACUAAUACUUUUUAAACAUAUGAGUCAGGGUCUAUAGGGACAGACAUUUUUUUUUUAAAUAUAAAUAAUGUGUGUAAAAGUACAAGCAGCAAGAGAUUAUUAGGAAAGAGACAGUUAAGUAAAAAGUAUUCAGUGAAUGUAACAGGAAGUGACAAAGUGAAAGUAGUAACCUUGAGCAUUAAACUGAAGGCAAGCAGAAGAGCAGGCAAGGAUCACUGAAACAAAAUCUGAAAAGAACUGCAGAUUUCACAUGAGGACUAUUCAUUGAAGUGUUUAUUUUAUUUAUUCAUUUCUUCAUAAGUUAUUGGACUGGAUUUUCACAACAGCUGCAAGAAUACAGUACAUAUUGCAUUAUCAGAUUUUAAGGGUACACAUUAUUUCUUUUUUUGACAUUGAGUUUCAGAUUAUUUUCUGUAAUCUUGUGGCUUUUAUUUUAGUAACAGAAUCCUCACAUUUAAUUGUGCAAAUGCAAUUUAUAUGAAAAGAUGUUUUUGUACGAAGAUAAAACAUUUUGUAAUAAUUUCUAUUAACACUAAAUGUACUGCGGUUGUUGUCCACGGCAGAAAGAGAAACAGUCUCUCCACUGGAGGCCAGUGAAUAGCAGCUCCUUCAAGGCUAACACAACCUUCUCCAGGGGACAUGAGAACAACACCCUCCAAGGACUGGUCUAAUAGGGAUGGGGGAUCCAUGUUUAUUUAGGGGGCACAGGAGAAUUAUAUUAGAAUUUCAGUGGCAUAAUACAUUUUGGAAAGAAAUAUUUUUAUCAUGUAAAGGAAUCAUAUUUAAAAGAAAGAUAUUUUUACUUCAGGUUAAAGAAGAAAAAUCUAAAUAAUUGAAUAUAUAUAUACAUACACACAUACAUACACACACAC